AUGCCAACAGCAGAACCUGGGGGCUUCAAUGCAGUUUCAAUGUCGACUGAGAUGCCAGACCGGCCCCGCAUGGCUGGGACAGAAGGCCAUGGGGGCAAUGAUCCAGCGUCUCAGAACCGCUUGGUGCAGAUGCUGCAGACAGCUGCACACCCCGUCACCUGUGUCUUUCACGCAGCCUUCAAGAUUGUGGUAAUUCUGAUCUACAUCUAUGGUCGAUACAUCCACAGUGCUUACGUCUCCACCUUCAUUUUGUGCACCAUUUUUGCCGCACUGGACUUCUGGACGGCAGAAGUCUCAGUAUCAGACGUGCUCGCAUCGAAGUUCGUGGCCAGUUCAGCUUUGCAGGUGAAAAACAUCUCUGGCCGUCUACUUGUAGGUGGUCCGCUAUUCGACAAGUUCUUGCUGUUUCAGCUUGUGCAAACCAGGACUGCGAUGGUGGAAUUUGGUCAAGGACGAUGGUUCCUCGGAGUGGGUCCCGCGCAUAUCUAUGUCAGCUUUGUGAAGUGCUCACGGAACCUCCCGGACUUGAAGGUGUUUGAGUCGAACCCAGACGAGGGCAACUUGAAUGCCACAGCCAGGGGCUCGAGCACUGCAAUUGGCUCAUGCCUUGAAGCCGGCGUCCAGCCUCUUGCCCAGGACCGCAACAUCUUCUGGGGUGUCACGUACAUUUGUCUCACAGAUGUUGAUGGUCAUCAAUCGUUCAACAAUUCCCAAGACAUCCAGGAUUGGGUUCUCCUGAACAUCAUGAUCUUCAUUUUUGCAGCAAUGGCAGCAGAUGGGGUGGGAGGAUUUCUGCAGGUACUGGAAAUGCUCGACCGAUGCCAAGAAGCGGGCGCAGCAGUGGGUGGAGCUUUGUCCUCGGAGAAACGCAUACGCGGAGUCACAAAGUGCCGAGUGAUCCAAGCCCUUUACGAGGAUGUUAGACCCAAGACUCAAAACCACACCCUCCUGGACGGCACACAGACCUCUCAAACAGUCCCAUCUUGCCUUUGGCAACCUUUGGCAAUGGGCUACCCGGUGCAGGCCGCGGCAUCUGUGCAGCUAACCGCAGUUGACUUUACGGUGGGCGAGAAUGUUGAGGUGAAGGUUAUUUCAUCAGCUGGCGUGAAGUGGGCAGAAGCCUCAAGCUUCGACGUUUCAAGUCGCCUUGCCUCCGUGUGGCCAAAGUGGAAAGGCAAUUCGGUUGGUACUCCGGACGCGAGUCCCCCCAGUAGGACAGAUUCGCAGCAGGCGGACAGUGGCGGCAGGCACAGCUGGAGAUACGAAGUCACAGGGCGAGCCGUGCUCGCGGGACCCGUGUCCGAGAUUUGUGCCAGACCAAGGUACAAGUCCUUCCGCUGUCGGGUGAUUGGUGCCGAGGUCAUGGCCGAUUCCAUCGCAUCGGUGCUUCGCAAAGCGAGUGCGGAGGCAGAGCAAGGAGCCCUGUGGGCGAACAAGCUAAAUCUCAAAGCACUUGUGCGGAUUGGUACUCGAAAGAACGAUUGCUUGGAGGGCCUCGCCACAAUGAGCAAGCUGGGAGCCGCAGGAGGUGCUCCGAGCUCCUCAACUCGAAAGCUCUGCAAGAACGGAUGUGGCAGGGCCGUCCAACCUGGUCUCACAAGAGGCUUGAAGCCCUACGACACCUGCUGUAAGCGCUGUGCGCAGAAGCCUGGGUGCAACGAGCACGACGAGAAUUGUGGCGGUGCAAAUGUCACAAGGGCUGUCCAGUGUUUCGAUGUGCUCCGGAGCCUCCGCGAUGAGCUGGAGGCGAUACUGCAUGAUAAGAUGGUGCUUGAGCAGACAGUCAGGACAGCUUUUCAGCGCGUCAGCGUGCCCUUCGAGAGGCUGAGCUGGCAGCUGCUACGCGCGCCACUGGAGGAACUCCUUGAGCCCUUUGGAGUUCGCUUGGGGGUGAAGGAUCAUUUCUUGGAGCACCUGUGCCAGCAACAUGGACAGCCCGAGGACCGGACGAUCGAUACAGAUGGGAUUUUGGCAUUGAGCCGCACUGUCCUCGAGGAUCGAUAUCGCUCCUGGUUUCCGGAGAUCCUACCCGUCUCCACUGCAAGCUUCGUCAAGCAGAACAAGCGGCCGUUGGAAGAGGUCUAUGCAAUUGGCAAGAAGCUCGGUGAGGGAAGCUUCGGGACCGUCUACGAAGUGGACCACAAGUUGUCCGGCGAACGUCGAGUUUGCAAGAAGAUCUGGAAGACCAAGUCUGAUAUGACAAGUCAACAGAUCCUGCAAGAGAUUGGCAACAUGGCGAUGCUGGAUCAUCCAAACGUCAUCAAAGUUUUUGAGUACUUCGACGAACCCAACUUUGUCAGUCAAAUUAUGGAACCUUGCUACGGCGGCGAGCUGCAAGACAAGGUUGCUGCGCUUCGAAAGACUGGCAAGGCGCCCUACGAUGAGGCUUUCGUGUGUGAUGUGAUGAAGCAGACUCUGCGGGCUUUGGCCUUCAUGCACAAGAAGCCUUUCUUGCACAAGGAUGAUUUGAAGCCGCAGAACAUCAUGCUGGUCGACCAGGACAGCUCUUCCAUCAAGGUCAUUGACUUCGGUUUAGCUGAACUGUUCAACCCCAUGCAGAAGUUCGCCAACUUCAUCGGCGGCACGAGGCUUUACAUGGCACCAGAGGCUGAGCCACCUGGCGCUUGCCAGCUUGCUGCUUUGCGAUGUGAGGCGGGUGUCAUUCUCUACAACUUGCUAACUGGUGACUUCCCCUUCCUGGCUCAGUGGCCUCCGCCAAAGGGCAAGGACGAAGCCUGGUGGGAAGAGCAGACCAUCCAGAAGAUCAAACAUGAAGCGCCAGUCAGACACCCGCUGCUGAGCAAAUGGUCUGCGUGCUGGAGUGCUCUUGGCGUUGCCGCCAUGGCCGGCAUGAAGGUAGCUAAUGGUAACUGGGUGAGUGGUGACGAGGAGGCUGUAGAUGCGGAUGAAUGCACAGAUGCAGAUUGUGGCAUGUCACAGAUCAAGCACGAGAAGUGGACUUUUGUCGGCAACGGCAGGGGUCACUACAAGAGGAGCGACCAAAUGUUGUUCGUCGGAGAUGGGCAAGGCAACUACGAGAAAGAGGUCAGAACACGCGGGGGCUCAUGCUGGAGGAUCCUGGCAUUGGUUGCCCUGAUAGCAAUUGUGCUGGGCUACCUGAUCGGAGCUUUGCUGAUCCGGAGGAGCCCCUUUCGCGAUGAGACCGUGACAUACAGUUGUCGUGGCACUGCGUCGCAGUGGCUGAUUGAAGAGCGCGACUGGUGCUGCUCGGAAAGAGGGAUCGGCUGCUGGGCGACCACAUCACCUCCAGAAUUCGAUUGCAAAGCAGAUCAAGACCAAUGGGAUGUCUCUUGGUCCGUGCCAAAGAAGCACUUCUGCUGCAGCUUCGUUGCCAUCGGCUGUGAUGAGUACGAUUGCCAACUGCAGCUUCACCAGUGGAGGACGUCUUGGUCAGUGGCAAAGAAGAGGUUUUGUUGCGACAAGGAACUUCUCGGUUGCGACACAUGCGACAGAUCUUGUGAGACCAACGGGCAGACUGCAUCGUGCGAAGAACGCGCGGCCGACCUCUUUGCAGAGGUUGGAAAUUGCAGUCGUGCCCGUGAAGAAGUUCUACAGCGGUGUACAGCGUGCAAAGGGUGCCGCAUGGAAGACCUGAGCUGCCACUACAGAAAGCCGCAGGCCGCCAAGGCAACAAAGAUCGAACCCAAAGAACGAUCCCAGCGGCUCGGGGAAGAGGUGGGGAAAGCAACGACGACGACAAGCACGGCAGCCACAGUAGUCACGGCGAUGGCGGCGACGGCUGACGUGUGCGAGAAGCCUGCAAAAGUGGGCUUCAUGUGGAUACGCCAGGAUGGCCUGUGGCGGCAGAGGAAGGUGCCUCUCUCUGGCAAGGCUCCAGACAUCGCUGCCGGAGCUGGCUUCAUGUGGCAUCGGUCGGCCGAUGGCUGGAAACAGGUGUGCAUUCCGCAUGCACGACAAGUGUCGCCGCCCACUACCCCGGCCGGCGAUGGCUUCAUGUGGGAGCAGACUCCCGAACCUCGUGGAGGCAGGAUUUGGGCACAAGUUCCCCUCAGAGUCAAGCUUCUGCAAGGCAUAUCUAUCCCUCAACAUGCGGCGGGUGUGGGCUACAUGUUCCAUCGCUCCACGGAUGGCUGGCAGCAGGUUCUGGCCCCAGAGAGUUUGAGCCACCGGCAGCGUCCCUGCGAGCGCCGCGCUGGUUUGGGACUGCGAUGGGUCUAUGCUGCCAGCGACCAUGGAAAUGCUUGGCAGCAGCAGCCAGUGCCAAACUGGCAGCCCGACACUUUCAACCCGCAGCCCUCCGUGCCCGCCGGGCCAGGCUUCAUGUGGAGCUUCGAACCCGGAGAUCACGGUUGGACGCAGAUUUGCAUUCCAGGAUGGCAACGCCACAUGAAUGAGCCUCCUGGCCUUCGAGCUGGCUUGGGCUUCAUGUGGAGAGAGGGUCCCAUUGGUUCCUGGCAGCAGGUGCCUGUUCCUCGUGGGUUCCGGGCUAGCUGCGAGGAUAAGCCACCCAUUGCCGGCUUCGUUUCAGCAGGCAGAGGUUUCAUGUGGAAGUGCGCGAAAGAGCACGAGAUAUCGGCAUGGACACAGGUCCAUCGUGAUUCGACGGGUGACAGACCAGAUGCUCCUCCCCGUGAGCCUCCUGGAAACGGUUUGAUGUGGAUCUUUCAAAACGGAGCCUGGCAGCAGCGUUUCAUCCCUGGCUGGACCGCUCGUGAUGCGCCCCACUUGCCAGCUGGCGCAGGGCUGAUGUGGAAUCGAGUCACGCUGAAUGGUCGGGGCGUGUGGCGUCAGGACAUCAUUCCUGACUGGGAUGUAGACAGCGCGGCGCAUCCUCCAUCAGAACCAGCCGGACAUGGUUUUAUGUGGCAGUAUGUGGACAAGGGUGGGCAGAAGGAGUGGACCCAAGAAGAGAUCAGAGACUGGUAUGCCGAUAGUGCAAAUCACCCACCGAGGGAGUACGCUGGAAACGGUGAGAUGUGGAGGUUCGUCUCGCACCAGGAUGCUCCAGGUCUUUGGACACAAGUUGCUAUACCCGAUUGGCGCACACUUGAUCAGUUCAAUCCUCCAACCCCUGUUGCUGGAAAUGGAUUCAUGUGGCAUUUCGAUGAGCAGACUGGGCGCUGGAAGCAGCUCAGAAUAGCAGGGUGGAUGAACGCGACCAGAGCUCAUCCUCCGGAAGUCCCAGCGGGUGUGGGCUACAUGUGGAAGUGGUACAAGGAAAACGGGGAAAGGCACUGGCACCAAGCGAAGCUGAGCCUGUCGGACCUGACCAAUCCGCAUCGGCUGCCCAGUCAGCCUGCCGGCCAGGGCUUCAAGUGGGAGUAUCAGGAAUCGGGGCAGCCGCAUUGGGAGCAGAAGCUCGUGGCGAAGCCGAGCUGCACGGGCAAUGACCUUCUAAUGCGCAUGCUGGACAAGGAUGACGCAUCCCGUCCAGAUGCCACGCAGUGCUUGGAGCAUCCCUGGUUUUCCGCUUACAGCGAGGUUCCGCCAACCCUUUCUGUCGGCGUGCUUCAAUGCGUUGAGUCCUAUGCGAGGAUGCCGGAGCUUCGCAAGGGAAUCUUCUUGCUUUUGGCGCAUCAAUACGAAGUGCAAAAGACAGCCCUCGUGGAGCUCCGGUCACUUUUCACACACUUUGACGUGCGGAACCAGGGCAGUCUCAGUGCCCAGGAUCUGAAAGCCGUGCUGGUCAAGAGUGGAAUGGGAGGUGUGGCUGCCGAGCGGGUUUGCCAUGCCCUCGAUCACCGACGAGAUGGACAGAUUACCUGGACUGAGUUCACUGCAGCUGCGAUGUGGUAUGUUGUUUGUCGGAACAACCGUGCCAUCGAUGCAGCCUUCGCGACUUUUGAUGUUGACCAGGACGGGCGGAUUACUGCCCGUGAUCUGCAGAGCGUCCUCGCGGACGAGAAAGGCCGCGAAGCAUGGCACAAGCACAUGCCUGCGCUCUUCGAGGACAUUGAGAAGCAAGAAAUCACCUCUAUACAAAGGACGGCACGAAACGCAAUUCGCAGUUUCAUGCACGUCUUGAAGAAGGAGGCAAUGAGGUAUGCAAAUCUCGAUCAGUUCCGCCAAUACUUGCAACAGAACAUGGAUUUUCGAGCCGGUGAUGCGCUGUACGCAGUAUCUUAG